AGCGGGCUGAGCCCCCUCCCCUCGCAUAAAGAUCAUAGAGACGAGGCCUCCGGGAGGGUAGAGCGGCCGCAGGCCCGCGGCGGAGACCAUAGAGAGGCGGAAGGGCGGGCAGAGCGUCGCCGCCCGGGAGCAGGCAGCCCCCACCAUGGCCUCCCGUGGGGUCCCCGCGCCACCGGCACCGACGGCAGCGACUUCCAGCACCGGGAGCGGGUGGCCUCGCACUACCAGAUGAGCGUGGCCCUGAAGUCGGAGAUCAAGCGCCUGAUCUACGUGCACGUGGGGCUGUGGCUGCUGCUGCUGGCGCAGAUGUGCGUGGGGCACCUCAAGCUGCUGCCCCACGACCGGGUGGCCAUGCCCUACCAGUGGGAGUACCCCUACCUGCUCAGCAUCCUGCCCUCCCUCCUGGGCCUCCUCUCCUUCCCCCGCAACAACAUCAGCUACCUGGUGCUGUCCAUGAUCAGCACCGGGCUCUUCUCGGUGGCUCCCCUCAUCUACGGGGCCAUGGAGAUGUUCCCCAUGGCGCAGCAGCUGUACCGGCACGGCAAGGCGUACCGCUUCAUUUUCGGCUUCUCCGCCGUCUCCGUCAUGUACCUGGUGGUGGUGGUGGCCGCCCAGGUGCACGGCUGGCAGCUCUACUACAGCAAGAAGCUGCUGGACUCCUGGUUCACCAGCACGCAGGAGAAGAAGAAGAAGUGAACGGGGACCAGCGGGCACCCGAAAACUGGAGCGUUUUUUUUUUGGGGUGGGGGCUCCGUGCCCAAACCGGAUCCGCUCCCACCCUGGGGUGCUGCGGGGUGGCCCCCACGGGUGGCAGCUCCUCGCCCACCCCCCGGGACCACCGUC